CGAGUGUGACAGAAAAUUCCCACUCUUCGGUUAUCGAGUCGUCGUAGGGAUUUUUUCCCACAUGCCUCUGAAUGCAGCAGGAUCCAUCCAGUCAGCAGCGCGAGCCGCAGCCGUUAGUAAAACCAUGUAAAGAUGGCGGAGUUACAAAUGCUGCUGGAGGAGGAAAUUCCUGCGGGACGGAGAGCUUUACUGGACAGUUUCACUAACCUGGAGAGAGUAGCGGAGUACUGCGAAAGCAACUAUGUCCAGUCAGCGGACAAGCAGCGGGCGCUGGAGGAGACCAAGAGCUACACCACCCAGUCCCUGGCCAGCGUCGCCUACCUCAUCAACACGCUGGCCAACAACGUGCUGCAGAUGCUGGACAUCCAGGCCUCGCAGCUGCGCCGCAUGGAGAGCUCCGUCAACCACAUCUCACAGACCGUUGGUAUCCACAAAGAGAAGGUGGCGAGGCGGGAGAUUGGCAUCCUGACCACCAAUAAGAACACGUGUCGCUCACAUAAAAUCAUUGCUCCGGCCAAUCCGGAGAGACCGGUGCGCUACAUCAGGAAGCCCAUCGACUACAGUGUGCUGGACGACAUUGGACACGGAGUCAAGUGGUUAUUGAGGUUCAAGGUAAACGGUCAGCACAACAUGAAAAUAGGAGGGGGUCUCUCUCGGUCCAACCCCCCCACCCAGAAACCACCCAGCCCUCCGAGGGCCGGCAAGGGCAUCUUAGGGAAGAACUCCCCCUACAGGACACUGGAGCCAGUGCGCCCCCCAGUGGUGCCCAACGAUUAUGUCUCCAGCCCCACCAGAAACAAUAUGGCUGCGGGACAGUUUCCCAGUCCAGCCCGCACCGCCACCCUCAACCAUCGGCCGCGAACGUACAGUGGUAGCAGUGGAGGCAGCCAUCCCAGCAGCAGCAGUCGAAGCAGCAGCAGGGAGAACAGUGGCAGUGGCAGUGUGGGUGUUCCCAUCGCCGUGCCGACGCCCUCCCCUCCCUCCACCUUCCCAGUUUCCCCGACCGCUGGACCGGCGAGUUCCUCCUCCACUGCUCCUAACUCCUCCCCCUCCCCGACUCCUUCCUCCUUCUCCUCCUCUUCCUCCACUACGACCUUAACACAACCCAACGCGCCUUUGCCACCAAACUCGCCCUCAAAACACGCUGACUCGCCUCCUCAGCCAAACUCACAAUCAAACGCACCCACCAGCACGACCCCGCCCUCUAACCCCGCCCCCGGCACGUCCGAGGUCCAAUCAGGUGCUUUGCCUGGAGAACAGUCUCCCCUCCUUCCUCCUGCCCCUCCUCCUCCUCCGCUCUCCUCCUCCUCCUCCUCUUCAUCACCUGCUGAAGGUCCCAUCGUCCCUCAGUUCUACAGUAUGAACCGGCCUCAGCCUCGACAGCAGACUCCACAGGUGGGGGGGUCGCUACCCUACCGCCGCCCCCCCUCUGUGACCGGUCAGCCAGUCGUAACACAGAACCAGGUGAACGGCGGCCCCUGCUACAACCAGAGCCCAGCCUCCCCCCCGCCUCCCUCCCUCCUCCAGUUCACUCCUCAGCUUCCUCUCAUGGGUUUUGUUGCUCGAGUUCAGGAGUCCAUCUCAGACGCCUCUCCUCCCCCUCACCCAGCUGCUGAGAGCCAAUCAGGGCCUGAGGAGGGCCUGCCCUCCCCGCAGCCUUUGGAGGAUGGACAUGAAGAGGAGGACUCAGCAGUUGUGGAGUACAACGAUCCAUACGCUGAAGAAGACCCCCCCUGGGCCCCCAGGACCUACCUGGAGAAAGUGGUCGCCAUCUACGACUAUACAGCAGACAAGGAGGACGAGUUAUCGUUCCAGGAAGGAGCCAUCAUCUACGUCAUCAAGAAGAACGAGGACGGCUGGUUCGAAGGCGUGAUGAGCGCCACCACCGGUCUCUUCCCUGGAAACUACGUGGAGUCCAUCAUGCACUACGCCGACUGAACAAACACCGGCCACAAGGCACAAGUCGGCUCAGCUCUGUUUCUGUUUUUUCUUCCUUAAGGUUCACACUAACCAAUCACAAGCAAGUCAGAGCUUGUGAACACAAAUCACUAAUAUUGUAUUGUGAGUGCGGUUUACUGGACAGACGUCCCAUCUUCUGAGCUCAGCGUCCGUCUGCUGUCUGCCCGUCAGGCCUUGUGUGUCAGGUCGUUUGCUGCUCAGAUGAUGUUCCUCUGUUGUUGGAGGACUGACUUGUUACCACAGGAGUCCGUGUGAGAGGACACGAGUGACCAGCGUCUUGAAUUUUCACAAGGACUCCACAGUUUGUUGAUGCAUGUUAAAAUUACUUCAGCGCUUCUCGUUGUGUUCAGCUCUUUACAGUCUUUGUGAGGAGAAGACACUGUAGUUUGUCUUCUCCGGGCUUCUGUAGUUUUGCCCUCCCACCGUUGUCCCCUCACUGACCCCAGCGGGGCGCGUCCACAAGCUGUCCCACGCAGUGAAAGGAAGCUAAGCCAGAGCCGCUCAUGCACUAAACACUAAGGUCUGAGACUCAGUCAGUCUCCGCUUGUAGUUUAUCAUUCCUCUUCCUCCCUCUGUUUUACGGUUAGGUUCCUGCUCUCUGAUUGGCUGGAAAGUCAGUCAGGAAAAAUGACUCGAUACCUAUACAAACCCGGAGGUCUGGUUCACUGCUGAAUACUCUGUUUGGCCUCUCGGCAUGUUGUGUGGAGGCUGUCUGGUGGACUCGCUGCUUUUCGUCUCUGAAACCAGACGCCGUCCCUGCAGUGUUUUCAUGAAUUUUUGAGUGGAUAUCAACAGUAUUGAUUUCUUCUGUUUUACAGCUUCUGCAUCGUGACUGAAAGUAGCACAAGCUAAGCAUCUUAAAUAUGUGCAGAAGUCGGUUUGUUUUCUGUCCUUUCACUGUCUCUUGGGAUAUAAAAGCCACCGUGUGACGGACCAGACGGUCACGUCUGCAAACUGUAAGUUCAUAUUCUCUGUCCGACUCUCCCCAAACCCCUCGUCAUUUGCCUUAACAAAUAUCCUCAACCUUCUUACCUUCUCAGGAGCCUCGUUGUCUGUCUCUGGAGUUCAAAACUGAGAAAGGAAUUAGAGAUGAAACUGGGGGGCGGGGUAGUUAGACGAGCUUUGACUCUAAUCCAAGUGAAGAACGAUUGAAGUCAUCCUGCGUCAUCGCUCUCCUCGCUCUCCUCGCAGCUUCUCUGAUGUGAAGACUGUGGUCUGUUUCUGACACAAAGAAAGAAAGAAACAAAAAAAAAAAAACAAAUGACCUUAAACACAUCAGAAGAUCAGCGUGGAGGAAGGCAGGAAGUCAGGUGUUUACCCCACCUGGCUCUCAUCGCUGCAGUGUUGACUCGUUUCUGAGACUGUUCAUUUCAUCGUGACCAUCAAAAACGCCAGAAGAUAAAAAUCUGAUUCAGACUCUACACUUUGUGUUGUGUUAAUGUCCACCCAGCUGAACAGAAGUUAACACGUUACUGCUCCGUUAGGUCUCCAGACAUCCAGUCCAGACUCGAUCUCUUCAUACCAAACUCCAUGAAUUCACUCACGUGUGGUCUGAGCCUUUUCGGUCGUUGUGGUUUCGCUGCUUUGGCCUGUCCCGUAGUCGUCGUAGUGAAGUGAACCUGACCAAAACGCCGGGUGGAGGUCUUCAGACCUGUUGCCAGUUUUGAAGUUUACGGUGUUGUUUGCCUGCAUGCCUGAUACAUGACUGAUAUUUUUAUUUACAGUGACUUCAUAUUCUCGUUGUUUGGAUUUUCUUCUAUAGUUUCAGCAGCUUGCUUUUCUUCUCUGGAGGUUGUGAUGUUUUUGUUGAGUGCCGUUUGGUUGUAAUGGCCCUUUAAAACUGUGUGUUUGGACUCCAGGCUGAGGCUCUGUGUGCCAUGUAUCCAGAUGUUGUGGUGUGGAUGCAGCUGUGUGAACAAAACAUUCCCGUAUGGACUCUUAUCGUGACUCUGGACCUGAAAACAGCAUUUCUGUGUUGUAUGGUCUUAUUUAAGAGGCAUUUUACCACAAAAACCAGAGUGUGCCAAUUGUGUGGACAGCUGACGUAUAAAGAUGGCCGACAUGUCGCCACUUCCUCCCACUGAACAGAAACCAAAACAUCCCUAAUAUGAGUGCUGCCAUCUUGUUCUGGUGAUGUCAUUUGGAACCAGAGUCUGUGCAGUAGUGACUGGGAGGUGGAGCCGCAGUAUUGAGUUCCCGCCCACACACCCAUCUGAGCCAAUCGGGAGCAGCACUCAGCUGUCAAUCAUCGUCAUGUUUCAGCCACUCUUUAUAGCAUCAAAUAACAAAACCAAAGUGAUCAGAAAAAUGAACAAAUGAACAAACAUCACCGUGAUCAGAACUUCCUAAAAUUUAUUUGACGUGUACUUUGAGUUUUUCGUUUGGCUCAUGUCCCAUCUGCUAACAUGGAGGGGGAGGAGCUUAUGAGCUUUACUGCAGCCAGCCACCAGGGGGCGUCCAGAUGUUUGGGCUGCACUUUUGGGAGCUCUCAUCUUUAUGUACACUUAGUGGUGUAGAUGAAGUUGUAUUACACAUAUUUUUAGCCAUGCUAGUGUGAAAAGUUAAAAACUCUGAUACUCUGACUUUUCAUCGCGCGCCAUCAUCAGGUUAUUUCUUGUGACUGCAGACAGCCAAAGUGAGCCCAGUCACCCUCUGGAUGUUUUUCCAACCAGACUGAUCUGUGAACCGUGAAAGUCUGGAUCAAAGUUUUGGCUGUCUUUGGCUGUUUUGAUGUGCUGGUUCCUCGACAUGUUGGCUGGACUCUGGUUUUUGUUUUGCCUGCAGUAUCCCUUUAACCAGUGUGGAGUGAGAAAUGAGAUGAUCUAUGAAACGCUCCAGGUGGCUUCUCUCAGGCUGAUUUUACCAGGAACCCGCUUCAUCCUCCUCCGGUUCAUCAAAGUCUAACAAAUCUCACAGCAGCUCUCUUUCCUGUCAGCAGUGUGAGGAGGCCACUCAAUAUGUGGUCUAGAAAACUUGUCCCAUUUUUGCAUGAUUCACCUUCCAAAUCACAUCUGUUCCUGGUUGAACGUGAUGUCUGCAGAAGCUUUCUGCUCGCCUGUAAGAACGAACAAAGUAAAACUAAAUGUUUUAACAGCCA